AUGUCCGCCUUCAAUGAGACUCCCCAACUAGCUGCUGAGGCUAGACCAGCUGCCCCUGCCGCCGAAGUAAAGGCCAAUGAGAAGGUCAAGGCUCCUAACAAUAGGACUUCGUCUGGCAAAGUAUGGACCCAAGACGGAAAAGAUGCAAUCGUAGUCCAAAUCCUCUUCCAGGCUGCUGACAAGAACUUCGUUCCUAACUUCAAGGCCAUCAAGGCUCCGGGACGCUCUAAGAAGGCUGUUAGGCAUAUAUGGGAAGCCCUCAAGAAGUCUCAUGCCAGUGUUAAGGAUGGAAAUGCGAAGGGUGAAAGCGUCGCUAAGGGUAGUUCAAAGAAGCGCAAGGCAGAACUUGAGGGUAAUGGCGAAGGCGUUUCUAAGAAGAAUAAGGUAGACGAAAAGACUAUCUUCGACCCUGAGAUCGAGGAGAAUUUUAGCGACGACGGAGGUGUUGACGAGUAG